CAGAAACACGUUGAACUUCACAUAACCGUAAUAUUUACUUUGCCGGACUGUACAUUAAAACAUCUCCUGUGGUAUUCUGGUGGUAUCUCGACCAAAUGUACCACCCGUUAGUGGAUGGCAUGGGCGCUGCAAGCGUUCCUUUGUGGAAAUCUCUCCUUUUCAUCUUCCUGCCAUCGCUGGUCGCCUUCAUCGCUUUGGACAUAACAUGGAUCAUCCUCAUCGCUGGCAACCUAUACGUAACUACCCUAGGCGACUUCCUUCGGGCGCCAGGUGCUGGCCUGUUACCGGGCCUGCUAGCAUGGCUUUGCGUCGUGGCCAGUAUCUACUUUUUCGCGUUGCCCCUGUCGAGGAGUUCUACUGCUGCGCUGCGUCAGGGAGCGUUGCUGGGGGCGUGCUUGUACGGCACGUACGAGUUCACCAACCUCGCCGUACUGGGUCGUUGGACGUGGAGCCUAGCGCUGGCGGAUACUGCCUGGGGUACUGUCGUGUGCGGGUUGACAUGCUGCCUGCAGCUUUGGCUGCAGUCCCGGUUGCUGUCACGCUAGACGGGGAGUGCUACUGAAUGUACAUAGGAGGUUGUGUUGUGAGUUAACAGUAGGUUGUUUGGUUGAACAGGUGGAUGUUGAGGAGUGUCGAUGGGUCGGCGGGUGGUAAUCAUGUCGUAGAAAACUUGUUUUUAAACGCACCGGCUGGGCCGUCACUACCUUGCUUGCCUGCUGUGGUUUCUGCUGGUUAAUUUACCUCUCUCCUGCAACUGUCAACUCAUGGAGGAGGCCCAGGGCUGUCCUGACUGCUGUCGCGUCGGUCAUGCGUAGAACAGUAGAAGAGGUGGCUGCUGCUGCUGAAAGGUGCUGCUGAAAGGAUGUCUGUUUCCUCAAGAGUGAUGAG